CGUACCAAAAAUAGUCUGUUGAACAGUGGUACGUUCCUACUAGGCCAUCUUUCGGUUGCAGCACCUUUUGCUAAACAGAGAGAGCAGUAGAGGUCUCGUCCUACACCUAACAGCUUCCACCAUGGCGUCAACCGAGAUAGCGAGGCAAGCGGGUGAAGGCGCUCGCUCUGUUCCUCUGGCAGGCCAUGUUGGCUUUGACAGCAUGCCGGACCAGCUGGUCAACAAGUCCGUCAACCACGGAUUCUGCUUUAACAUCCUGUGUGUUGGUGAGACGGGCCUGGGGAAGUCCACCCUGAUGGACACGUUGUUCAACACCAAGUUCGAGGGUGAACCCACCCAGCACAACCAGCCAGGAGUCACUCUCAAGUCCAACACCUAUGAACUGCAGGAGAGUAACGUGCGCCUCAAACUCACUGUCGUCAACACCGUGGGCUUCGGGGACCAGAUCAACAAGGAAGACAGCUACAAGUCUAUUGUGGAGUUCAUUGACGCGCAGUUUGAAGCAUAUCUACAGGAGGAGCUGAAAAUCAAGCGCACGCUACACAGCUACCACGACACCCGCAUCCACGCGUGCCUGUACUUUAUCGCUCCCACGGGACACUCGCUCAAAUCUCUGGACUUGGUGACCAUGAAGAAACUCGAUAGUAAGGUCAAUAUUAUCCCAAUCAUUGCCAAGUCGGACGCCAUCUCCAAGAGUGAGUUGGCCAAGUUCAAAAUCAAGAUCACCAGUGAGUUGGUCAGCAACGGAGUGCAGAUCUACCAGUUCCCUACUGAUGAUGAAUCUGUGGCAGAGAUCAACUCCACCAUGAAUAGCCAUUUGCCAUUUGCCGUGGUGGGGAGUACAGAGGAAGUGAAGAUUGGGAACAAGAUGGUGAAGGCCCGGCAGUACCCCUGGGGGACUGUGCAGGUGGAAAAUGAGAAUCACUGUGACUUCGUCAAACUGCGAGAAAUGUUGAUCAGAGUGAACAUGGAGGACCUGCGAGAGCAGACUCACACACGUCAUUAUGAGCUCUACCGCCGCUGCAAACUGGAGGAGAUGGGCUUUAAGGACACAGACCCUGACAGCAAGCCCUUCAGUCUUCAGGAAACGUAUGAAGCUAAGAGGAACGAGUUCAUGGGUGAGCUGCAGAAGAAAGAAGAAGAAAUGAGGCAAAUGUUCGUCCAGAGAGUCAAAGAGAAGGAGGCUGAGCUCAAAGAAGCUGAGAAAGAGCUGCAUGAGAAGUUUGACCGUCUGAAGAAACUCCACCAGGAUGAGAAAAAGAAACUGGAGGAGAAGAAGAAGUCCCUGGACGACGAGCUCAACAUGUUCAAACAGAAAAAGACUGCUGCAGAACUCUUGCAGAACCAAGCCCAGCAGGCAGGGGGCUCCACCACACUCAAGAGGGACAAAGAGAGGAAAAAUAAUCCCUGGCUCUGCACUGAGUAGGUCCUCAGCCCUCAAGCAUUGCUAAGGGAGCAGCCUUUGUGGUUACUGAGUACCUCAAAUGUGACCAGAGGCUUUGUGGACCCCCAUCCUUCAGGGUUUCUUAAUCAUUACCUGCUCUGCUAUAAGACUGAUCAGUGUGUAUCGGUGUUUCUCUGCAGCUAACCCUUGCUUUAUUGCCUCUGCUUAUGUUUAUAUGUGUAUUUUUUGUUUUGUUUUGUUUUUUCACUGUGACUAACACCUUUCCCACUUGAAUUGUGGUGAUAUUCACAAUCACAAGAAAAUCAUGUGGAAUUAUAACACUUCACUGUACUUAAAAUUCAUCACUGGGCACAAAAUAAUCUUAUGAUUUUUAUGCUUGAUGUAUUGUUUGAAUAACUGAUCGCAGGGAUUUUGCCACCUGUUGAACCUGAAUCUGUUUCCUGUAGAUGCACUUCUAAAUCUCAAGCUUGACUCAUGUUGUUGUGUUUCUGCUUUGCCAUGUCUCUAACUGCCGGCUUUCUUUCUCUUUGUCUCUUUAGCUUCUUUUAAUCUGUCUUGACCACCUGAUGAAGGGAUUGCCGCUUCAGCAAGAUCUAAGCACCCUUUACCUCUUCCUAUUUUUCUGGCUGUAUGAACCUUUUUUAUUCUCCCCAUCCCAUCUCAUCUGUUGAAUAUGGCCUUAUGUGGACUCCAUUGGUAUUUCCGACCGCCUAAUGAAGCUCUAAACCCAGGCAUGUUGGGACCCGGGCACAAUUUAAAUCUACUAUUAUGUCUUAACGUAUAUAAAGAAACUCUUGUCAUUAAUAGAAGUCAUCGGUUGGGGUUCACACUUUCAGGGGAGUCAUAGGUGAAAUCAUUAUUUGAUUUAAAUUUACUUGAAUCAGAAUAGGAAAGACCUGCACUAUGCACUCAUCUCUUCACUAGGAUUCGUGAAACAAAGCGAAGAUGAAUAAAAUGCUACUGAAACAUCAAGGCUUGCUGAUUAAAAACACACUCUUCAUGGACAGAAGCACUUAAUGCACUAUGUGUAAUGUGUUAUGAGUACACAGUAUUACUACUCAUGUGUGUAAUGAGUAGUCAUGUCUAGGCCAGUUUGAAACGAAUAUCUACUGCUUCCAGUUCCUCUGAGCAUCAACAUGAAACGACAAAAUGGAAUUAGUCAUAAUCACGCAAAAGCCAAAGCAAUAUUUUAUACAUAGCACUUCAUUUGAUGGUGCCCAUGUUUACCUCUCACUGUUCAAUACCAUGGAGGUCACAUGUAAUGGCCUUUUAUUAUUACACAUUGUGCUUCACUGUUCGCCAGUCUCUUCUAUAUUUUGCAUGCAUCUUUUUAUUUCAUUACUGCUGUGAUCUUUGGCCUUUUGACCUGCUUGUUUUUUUGUUUUUUGUUUUUUUAUCUCCCAGUAACUCUGUUUUGCAGUCAGUUUCAACCUCAUUGCAUUUUUUCUUCAAAUGAUGCAUAUUAUUAAUGUAUAUUUGCUCUGUCCUAUGAUUUCAGCUCCCUUUUUUGCCAAAUAUUAGUACAAAGUGGAGUUGAACUGAAUCCCAGAUAAGAGUAUAAAAGGAUACUCGUGCAUUUAUAUAAUUUAUAAGGAUAUAUUUUGUGUAUUGAAGUGGAGACUUGUUGUUUAUUACCUACGAUCUUUGAACGUGGCUCUGAGUGUAAAGUAACAAUUUGGUGUCAGAAAAUGCCAUACAUCUUUCUAGUACCAGUCAUCACCUCUUGUCGUCAAAAAUUCUCCCACACUACAAAUUAUUCAGUAUCUUGCUUUGAAUAUCUUACUUUAGUUUGAUUCCAUUGAUGUACAUUUUCAAUAAAAAAUAAGACCCAAACUUA